GGCCUGUUUCUCUGAAGAGUUCUUCACAAACCAUCAGCCAUGAGAGCUGUUGUGCUUGCCCUGACUGUGGCCCUUGUGGCGAGUCAACAGAUCAACCUUGUUCCUGAGUUUGCCCUCGAUAAGACCUAUGUGUACAAGUAUGAGGCUCUACUCUUGGGCGGUCUUCCUCAUGAAGGUCUGGCCAGAGCGGGUAUAAAAGUCAGCAGCAAGGUUCUCCUCAGUGCUGUGACUGAGCACACCUUCCUGAUGAAGCUCAUGGACCCUCUGCUCCACGAGUAUGCUGGCAUUUGGCCCAAGGAUCCAUUUGUUCCUGCAACUAAGCUCACCUCAGCACUGGCUGCUCAGCUUCAGAUUCCCAUCAAGUUUGAGUACGCUAAUGGUGUGGUUGGAAAGGUAUUUGCCCCUGCAGGAGUCUCCCCUACAGUCAUGAACUUGCACAGAGGUAUCCUCAACAUCCUUCAGCUCAACCUCAAGAAGACCCAGAACAUCUAUGAGCUGCAAGAGGCUGGAGUUCAGGGAGUGUGCAGGACCCACUAUGUCAUCAAUGAGGAUCCAAAGGCCAACCACAUUAUUGUCACCAAGUCUAAGGAUCUGAGCCACUGCCAGGAGAAAAUCAUAAAGGACAUUGGUUUGGCAUACACUGAGAAGUGUGCUGAAUGCACAGAGAGGGUCAAGAGUCUGAUUGAAACGGCAACUUACAACUACAUCAUGAAACCAGCUGCCGCCGGAGUACUAAUCGCUGAGGCAACAGUUGAAGAAGUGCAUCAGUUUUCACCCUUAAAAACGCUGGAUUCAGAAAUAAUUAUUUGUUUCAGACAAACCUUGGCUUUUGUUGAGAUUGAGAAGACCCCUGUUGUUCCAAUCAAAGCUGAUUACUUGGCCCGUGGAUCCCUGCAGUAUGAGUUUGCAACUGAGAUUCUUCAGACUCCCAUUGAACUCAUGAAGAUCAGUGAUGCACCAGCCCAGAUUAUCGAAAUCCUAAAACACCUUGUUGCAAACAAUGUGGCCAUGGUCCAUGAUGAUGCUCCCCUAAAGUUUGUUCAGCUCAUCCAGCUUCUGCGUGUUGCCACCUUAGAAAACAUAGAAGCUAUCUGGGCUCAGUUCAAGGACAAACCAGUUUACAGGCGCUGGCUCCUGGAUGCUCUUCCUGCUGUUGGCACACCAGUCAUUGUAAAAUUAUUCAAGGAGAAGUUCCUGGCUGGUGAACUUACCAUUCCAGAGUUCAUUCAAGCUCUUGUGGUUGCUCUGCAAAUGGUCACUGCUGAUCUGGAAACCAUCCAGUUGACAGCUAGUUUGGCUUUGCACGAGAAAAUUGCCACAAUUCCAGCUCUGCGUGAAGUCAUAAUGCUCGGAUAUGGUUCCAUGAUUGCCAAGCACUGUGUUGCAGUUCCCACUUGCCCCGCUGAGCUCCUCGGGCCCAUCCAUGAGAUUGCUGCAGAGGCCAUUUCCAAGAAUGACAUCCCUGAAAUCACUUUGGCUCUUAAAGUUCUCGGCAAUGCUGGUCAUCCUGCUAGUCUUAAACCCAUCAUGAAGCUCCUACCUGGACUGAGAACUGCAGCUACUUCUCUGCCCCUUAGGAUACAGGUUGAUGCCAUCUUGGCCCUGAGGAACAUUGCCAAGAAAGAGCCCAAACUUGUUCAGCCAGUGGCCCUACAGCUUGUAUUGGACAGAGCUCUCCACCCAGAAGUUCGCAUGGUUGCUUGUAUUGUGUUGUUUGAGGCCAAGCCAUCAGUGGCUCUCAUCUCCAGUCUUGCUGGUGCUUUGAAACUUGAGACUAAUAUGCAUGUUGCAAGCUUCGCCUAUUCUCACAUCAAGUCCUUGACCAGAAUCACUGCUCCUGAUAUGGCAGCUGUUGCUGGUGCAGCUAAUGUUGCUAUCAAGCUCAUGAGCCGCAAACUGGACCGGCUUAGCUUCCGUUUCAGCAGAGCCCUUCAGCUGGACUUCUAUUAUACUCCUCUUAUGGUUGGAGCUGCUGGUAGUGCUUACAUGAUCAAUGAUGCUGCCACCAUCCUGCCCAGAGCUGUAGUAGCUAAAGCACGUGCUUACCUGGCUGGUGCUGCUGCUGAUGUUCUUGAGAUUGGUGUGAGAACUGAAGGACUCCAGGAGGCUCUUCUGCAAUCUCCUGCUGCAGAUGAAAGUGUUGACCGUAUCACAAAGAUUAAGCGCACCCUGAGAGCACUUGCAAACUGGAAGGCCUUGCCAACCAAUCAGCCAUUGGCUUCAGCCUACAUCAAAUUAUUUGGACAAGAAGUGGCUUUUGUCAAUGUUGACAAGACAGUCAUUGAAGAAGCAAUACCGAUUGUGACUGGACCCAAACCACGUGAACUGUUGAAGGCGGCACUUAAAGCAUUGCAGGAAGGAAUUGCCUUGCAGUAUGCCAAACCCCUGCUCAUGGUUGAAGUGCGCAGAAUCUUGCCAACCGCAAUUGGUGUGCCCAUGGAGCUCAGUUUGUACACUGCUGCUGUUGCUUUUGCAAGUGUCAAUGUUCAGGCCACCAUUACACCACCUCUCCCUGAGGAGAUUGAGACCAUGACUCUUGAGCAGCUUAAGAAGACUGAUGUUCAACUCCAAGCUGAAGCUAGACCAAGUGUUGCUCUCCAGACCUUUGCUGUGAUGGGAGUGAACACUGCCUUGAUCCAAGCUGCUGUUAUGGCAAGAGGAAAGAUCCGUACAAUUGCACCUGGAAAAGUGGCUGCAAGAGCAGACAUUCUCAAGGGCAACCACAAGGUGGAGGCUCUGCCUGUUGAGGUUCCUGAACAUAUUGCUGAUGUGAGCUUUGAGACACUUGCUGUGGUCAGAAACAUCGAAGAGCCCACUGCUGAGAGGAUUGUUCCCUUGGUACCCGAAUUGGCUAUGCAGAAUGCCCAGACACCUGCUGAUUAUUCUUCAUCUGAGAUACCAGAUCAGGCUGCUCUGAGAUCUGCCACACCAUUUCACAAGACUCUCUGUCUUGCUGUCCCAUACAUUGAAAUCAAGGGAUGCAUUGAGGUGCACUCUCACAAUGCCGCUUUUAUCAGAAAUGAUCCUCUGUUCUACAUAAUUGGACAGCACUCAGCCCGUGCCUCUGUGGCAAGAGCUGAAGGUCCUGCAGUUGAAAGACUGGAGCUUGAAGUCCAAGUUGGUCCUAGAGCUGCUGAGAGGCUCCUUAAGCAAAUCAGUCUCAUUGAUGAGGAGACUCCAGAAGGAAAGGCCUUCCUGUUGAAACUGAGGGAAAUCCUGGAGACUGAAGAUAAAAAUGUUCGUGUAUCUUCUGAAAGCAGCAGCAGCAGCCGUAUCAUCAGCAGCAGCUCAAGCUCCUCCAUGUCCAGCUCUCGUAUGACUGAGACUGCCACCGUCAUGGAGCCGUUCAGGAAAUUCCACAAAGAUCGGUACAUGGCACCCCAUGGUGCCUCAAAGGCAGUUAGCAGUGGAAGCACUGCAUCUAGUUUUGAGAAAAUCCAGAAACAGGCCAAGUUCCUCGGAAAUGCUGUUCCACCUGUUUUUGCUGUGAUUGCCCGUGCUGUGAGAGUUGACCACAAACUGCUGGGCUACCAGCUUGCUGCUUACUUUGACAAGCCAAAUGCAAGAGUGCAGCUUGUCGUUUCCUCCAUUGCUGAAAAUGACAACCUGAAGAUCUGUGCUGACGGUGCCGUGUUGAGCAAGCACAAAGUCACCGCCAGGGUUGCUUGGGGUCCAGAGUGCCAACAGUAUGCAGUCAUUGCUAAAGCUGAGGCUGGUGUACUGGGCGAAUUCCCUGCUGCACGUCUAGAGGUGGAAUGGGAGAGGCUGCCAAUAAUUGUCACCACCUACGCCAAAAAGCUGUCUAAACACAUCCCAAUGGCAGCUUUCAAAGCGGGCUUCAGACUUGAAAGAGUAUCAAACGCUGACAAAGAGAUCGAACUGACCGCGGCCUUGCCAUCUCAGAGGUCCCUGAAUGUCAUUGCUAGGAUCCCAGAGAUGACACUGUCAAGAAUGGAUAUUCCUCUUCCCAUCGCUGUUCCCAUCAAUCCAGACGGAACCCUUUCCAUUCAAAUCGAUGAGGACAUUCUCUCUUGGAUCCAAAAACAUAUCAAGGAAGAAUAAAACAUGAAGAAUUACAUUUUACAUUGAAGAAAAUGUUAGCUGUGUUUAUAUUUUAUAGUUCAUAUUUCAUGUUUAAUUGAAUUUUACCACUGAUUUAAUGCAAGCAAUACUAAUAAACACCCUGCAAGUUAA